AUGUCGACUAUCGAUAGAAAGCGGAAUUCAAUGCAUCGCAAGCGACAGGCGAUGCCCAAAGACAAGGACAGGGGAGGGAAGUGCUGGUGUUGUCGACGGCUCUUAGCCUUCCUAUUCUCGCACAUAGGGCUCGGAUUCUUAGUGUUCGCCUACAGUCUCGUCGGAGCCUUUAUUUUUCGACAUUUUGAAGAGCCCUAUGAAAAGGGAAAGGCGGUGGAAGUGCUUUCAAUACGAAACACUACUGUUCAUAAUCUAUGGACCGAAACAUUGAAAUUCAAUGUCCUCUACAAAGCGAACUGGACGUUAAUGGCAUCCAAAGAAAUUGAAAAAUUUCAACAAAAUCUCAUUCAAGCCGUCAAAGAAGGCUAUGACGGCAAACAAAUCGCAACUUCCAAUCAUAACCAGUGGUCACUAUCCGGCUCAUGGAUGUACAGUCUCACUGUCAUCACCACUAUCGAGAUACUGGUGCUCUGCGAGGCUAUGGAUGCUGUGGUGGUGGAUAUGGGUGUGAAAUGA